CCCGGAUAAUAACACACAUGGAAUUGUGACUCUAUUUAUCCAAUGCGCUAAAAUAGUAGAGAACCAGCCGUUUAUUUUCAUUGAGGAGUAUUUGUUUCUUUUCAUGAACUAGAGAGAAGAAGCUAUUGCCAUGACGACAGACGAGGCGACAGAGAGCCAGCAUCAGAAGAAGCCCAGCCAGCAGGAGGCGGAGCAGCAUCAGGCCACGCCUCCUGACCACGGACCCUCUGAGUCCCAGGCCGCCACCAGCCCCGCCACCUCGCCCCAGAGCACUGGCUCGCCCUCGUACUCCUCUCCCCAGGAGGAGGUGCAGCUGAGACCCCGUCGGCGCACCUCAGCCGGCCGCGGCCUCUCGCGCCUCUUCUCCUCCUUCCUGAAGAGGCGUUCCCAGUGCGAGGAGGACGGGGGAGAGAAGGGGGAGAAAGGAGGGGACGGGGAAGAGCCCAAGGCGCCCAUCGCUGACUGUGAGCCAGAGCUCAAGAUCGAGGGUGAUCAGAACCUUGACCUGCACUCGCUCAGCAGCAACGAGGCGCAGCUUGUCCAGGUAGACCAGAAGGAAGACCCCGAGAAAGACUCUGAGGAAGAGGGGGGAGAGACGGAUAAGGAGAAAAGAGAAGAGGACAGUGCCCAGGGGAAGGAGAAAGAGGAGGAGGAUCCUGAGGGAGAAGGAGAGAAAGAGGGAGUAGAGAAGACAACAGAGGAAGACGCUCAACCUCCUAAGCCUCCCCGUCGACCCAGGAUCAUGCAGAUUAAAGUUACACUGCUGGACGACACUCUGUUUGAGUGUGAGCUGGAGAAACAUGCCAAAGGUGUGGAGCUGUUCACCAAGGUGUGUGACCACCUCAACCUGCUGGAGAGAGACUACUACGGCCUGGCCAUCUGGGAGUCGCCCUCCAUGAAGACCUGGAUGGAUUUCACCAAGGAGAUCCGCAGGCAGGUUCAAGGUGCAAAGUUAGACAAGAUCUGUGCAGACGCACAAUCAUGUACAGGCACCAAUUAUGACUUCACCUUCAAUGUGAAGUUCUAUCCUCCUGACCCAGCCCAGCUUUCUGAAGACAUCACCAGGUACUACCUGUGUCUCCAGCUGCGUAAGGACAUCCUGGGGGGCCGUCUACCCUGCUCCUUUGUCACGCUGGCCCUUCUGGGUUCCUACGCACUGCAGUCAGAGCUGGGGGAGUACGACCCAGAGACACACGCACCAGACUACGCCAAGGACCUGAGGCUGGCCCCGGGACAAACCAAGGAGCUAGAGAAGAAAGUCAUGGAGCUGCAUAAGACAUACAGGUCGAUGAGUCCAGCACAGGCAGACAUGGCCUUUCUGGAGAACGCCAAGAAACUAGCCAUGUACGGAGUGGACCUGCACCAGGCCAAGGAUCUAGAUGGAGUGGAUAUUAUGCUGGGUGUGUGUUCUGGGGGUUUGAUGGUCUACAAGGACAAGCUGAGGAUCAACCGUUUCCCCUGGCCCAAAGUCCUCAAGGUCUCCUACAAACGCAGCAGCUUCUUCAUCAAGAUACGCCCCUCAGAGCUGGAGCAUUACGAAAGCGCCAUUGGUUUCAAACUGCCAAACUACAAGGCCUCCAAGAAGCUGUGGAAAGUGUGUGUGGAGCAUCACACCUUUUUCAGACUGACUUCUACCGAGGUGGCUACCACUCCCAGGAAAUUCCUUGCACUGGGUUCUAAGUUCCGCUACAGUGGGCGGACCCAGGCUCAGACCCGCCAGGCCAGCUCUAUGAUUGACAGGCCAGCCCCCCUGUUCCAACGCUCGGCCAGCAAGAGGAACUCACGCAGCCUGGACGAAGCCAUGGUGUCCACUCCAGACAAGAGCACCCGUCCAGUCAGUGCUCCCAUUAUGUCCCCCGUCUCUCCAGGGGAUGCCGCCCCGCCCACUGUGACCUCUGCCCUGCCCCGCAGUGAGCGGCGAGAAGCAUCCACCGCCCCGGGCCGCCAGUCACGCUCAGCAGAGAGGAAGACCAAGGAAGAGGCCAAGGUGGAGAGCAAGGUGACAGAGGUCUCCAAGACACAGAGCUCCAGACCACAGUCCACCCCAGAGUUCAAGAGGGAGGGAGCCAGGAGGAGUAGGCAUCAUGCCCCUGCAGUCACCACCACCACCACCAAUGGGACAGAGAGAGAGAGAAAGAGCCAGCAUUCGCCCCGAGACAGAACCGGCACGGAGACGGUGCGCGUGAAGAAGGACCUGGAUAAGACCCAUACAGAGAUCAUGCGUCACCAUACCAGUAUCAGUGAGCUGAAGAGAAGCUUCAUGGAGUCUGUUCCGGAGCCGCGGCAGAGCGAGUGGGACAAACGCCUGUCCACCCACUCACCCUUCCGCACGGCCAGCAUCAACGGACAGCUGCAGUCAGGCACUGACGGGGUGAGGACGGCCUCCCUAUCACCUGCAUACAGAGUAGUUGGUGGCGUAUCAGAGGUAAAGGUACUCUAAUUCAGUCCUUACUGGCCGUACAGGGGCUGAGCUGGGCUGGGCUGGGCUGAGCUGGGCUGGGCUGAGCUGGGCUGGGCUGAGCUGGGCUGGGCUGCAGUAAGAGAACACUAGCAGGACUGCGCUCUGCCACCCCUGGCCCCGUCACGACCUACUUUUAUAGAUGCCCCUUCCAAACCACACCCCCUAACCUUUCCCAAAUCCUCCCCCUUCACCACUGCCUCCGCUCCAUGAUUGGCUGCUGCCAGCUUUUGUCUUCCUGCUUUGAUCUGCCAAUCAAUCGCAUGGCUGGGUUUGACCCAAUAGUAGUGAAGCUGCAUGACUCAGUGAUGGUGGUGAUGAUGAUGAUGAUGAUGAUGUCUGACGUAGUGAUGAGAGACUGAAGAACAAAAAACGAAACACGCAAACAACCAAAAAAUAAACAGCGACAACAACAACAAAGAACUGACCUCCUCCUCCUCCUCCUCGUCUUCCUCCUCCUCCUCGUCUUCCUCCUCCCCCUCUUCAUUUCAUUGUCUCUCCUCCACCCUGACCUGUAUCUCUCCCUCACUGGUUGUUUCAUGUUUUAUG